UGCGUUGAUCUGUUUCUGUAGGUUUAAGUCCUUACAAUAUUACCUCAUACUCAAAGUUGUGAAUAAGUCUGCGAGGGUUUAACUUUCUACACUGGUGUUUGUUGUUGUACUAGCAGUGUUGUACAGACCGAGUGAAUUGAAAAAGGGGAUGGGUCACUUGGUUGGUGCCUGUGUUUUACAGUCUCUGCCUACCGUUCAGUACAGUAGACAGGCUGUACGAGGAAAUACAUCAACGAGGGAUCGAAAUAAUGAUGUCCUGAAUAAAAAUGAAGGGGGUAAAGCAUGUGAUUUUUCGAAACACCUGUGUGGCUGUAAGUAAAAGGGAAAGGAUGGAUCAGACUCCACCAGAAGCACAGGACAUGACUGUCAGGGAUGAGCUACCAAAAAGUAACCCGGAGAGUUCAGGAACAUCCGACUGUGACAGUGCUGUGAGAAAAAAGACUCCUGAGGAUUCAGAAGAAACCAGCAGAGCUGGAAGCACUUGUACUGACCCCCAAGAGGACUGUCCAGUGGAGAAGGCUGACAGUCCUGUUACAGAGCCUUGCCUUGCAGAUUGCACAGAACGUUGUGCCAUGGAAGAUGAAGUGCUCACUCCAGAUCAUGGUGGAAGUGGAGAACUAUGUUACCCAGAUUCUGCUCAGGAAGAGGAGGCCCUGUUGGUGGACAGCUUGGCAGGUGGGGAUGGAAUUGCAAAGGUGGAAACUUUCAUUGGGUCUACAAGACAGUCUGCAACACAAUUGCUGGAAGAAGAUGACACCAUAAACAAUGCAGAGCCAGUAUCACAGACUUCUGAGAACUUUAACUCAACAAGCCCUUAUGACACAGACAUUAGCAAGAAGCUUAUUUCUGAAAUCCAACGUUCAUUAUCACAAGAGUCUUUGUUAGAUGAAAUUGAGUCCGAAUUGCUUUCUUGUCAACUUACAACUGAAUGUACUUUUCCUAAUGGGAUAAAAAGUAAUCAAGAAUCUCUAGUUAUGUUUGACAAAUGUGUACAGAGUAAAUACUUGCAACAAGAAAAGACGAUCAGAAGGUUGCUAGAUGACAAUAAAAAGCACCAGGAGCUUAUUUUAGCAAUCUGUUCAGAAAAAGACAACAUGAAAGAAGAGUUGAAAAAGCGCUUUGAGACUGAAAAACAGCACAUUGGUUCCAUUAAAAAGAUAGAGGCUAGAGUGGAGGAGCUCACCACGGAACUGAAAGCUUCAAAAGACAAACUGAUUUCCCAAGAUGCAGCUGCCAAGAAUGCAAUUCAUCAGGUACAAAGAGAGAUGGCCUUCAGGCUAGACCAAGCUCACCGGAAGUGUGAGGAGGCGCGUCAGGAGAAAGAGUCCAUGGUCAUGAAGUAUGUCCGGGGAGAGAAGGAGGCUCUUGACCUUCGAAGAGAGAAGGAAGUGCUUGAGAAGAAGCUCCGUGAAGCAAACAAAGAAAUGGAGAAACACUCCAACAGAGCCAAGCAGCUCUCUCAAGAGAAGGGGAGGCUGCAGCAGCUCUAUGAGACCAAGGAAGGAGAAGCUGCCAGACUGAGCCGGGAGAUUGAAAAACUAAAAGAAGAAGUGAAUUCCCACGUGAUCAAGGUGAAAUGGGCCCAAAACAAGUUAAAAACCGAAUCAGAUGCACACAAGGAAACCAAGGAAAGACUCCGAGAUACUACCAGCAAACUAACCCAAGCUAAAGAAGAGGCUGAGCAGAUAAGGAAAAAUUGCCAGGAGAUGAUUAAAACAUAUCAGGAAUCUGAAGAAAUUAAGUCUAAUGAGCUUGAUGCAAAGCUUCGAGAGACCAAGGAAGAGCUGGAGAAGCAAAGGCAGGAAAGAACAGACCAGUUAGAGAUACACCACGUUAAAACCAAAGAGCUCGAUGACCUGAAGAGAACCUUUAAAGAGGGGAUGGACGAGCUGCAUACUUUGAGAACCAAGGUGAAGUGCCUGGAGGAUGAAAGGUUAAGAACAGAGGAUGAAUUAUCAGAAUACAGAGAGAUAAUCAACAGACAGAAAUCUGAACUUCAGAAGCUACUGGAUCGAGUUAAGGUUGUACAAAGAUUGGAAGACCAGCAUCAAAGAGAUGAGCAGUGCAUUGUAUCCUUGAAAGAGGAGAUGGAGAACCUGGAAUCUGUGAUCGCAGACCUACAGAAAGACGUGGAAGGGAGUCGAAUAAGAGAGUCCGAACUGCUGGGCUUCACAGAGAAGCUGACCAGCAAGAACGCUCAGCUGCAGUCUGAAGCCAACACGCUGCAGAUUCAGCUUGACCAGCUGACCUUCAGAGAGAGGGAGCUGGAGACUCUGUUAGAAGAGAAGGGCCUCAGCAAUGCUGAGUUGACAAAUCGAUUACAGAAAGAGGAACAGUUACGGCAGGAGGAAGUCCAGACUCUUCGAAGUGAGCUAACAUCACGGAGCAAAGAAAUGGCUGGACUUAGAACGAGUAUCGAAGAACUGAACGACGAGCUCGCUACGCAGAAACGAAAGCAGACAGCAAAUCUAAAGGACCUUACUAAACAACUCCUGCUAGCACGAAAAAAACUUGAUCAGGUGGAAAACGGCAACUAUGACAAAGAAGCCAGCAGCAUGGGGAGUCGUUCUAGCUCAUCAGGGUCUAUAAAUGCACGGAGCAGUAAUGAUGAUCGCUCCCCAGAAAACACAGGCUCAUCAGUCGCAGUGGACAGCUUCCCUGAAGUGGAUAAAGCUGUUCUGAUCGAGAGGAUUGUGCGGCUACAGAAAGCCCAUGCACGAAAGAAUGAAAAGAUUGAGUUUAUGGAGGACCACAUCAAACAGCUGGUGGAAGAAAUUAGAAAGAAAACAAAAAUUCUCCAGAGUUAUGUUCUACGGGAGGAGACUGGGGCACUGUCUACUGAGGCCUCGGAUUUGAACAAGGCUCACCUGAGCAGGCGAGGAGGAAUCAUGGCCUCUCUCUACACAUCUCACCCAGCAGACAGUGGCCUCACACUGGAUCUGUCUCUAGAAAUAAACAGGAAGUUACAGGCAGUGUUAGAAGACACGCUGUUGAAAAACAUUACGUUGAAGGAAAGUCUUCAGACGCUUGGAUCAGAGAUAGAAAGACUAAUAAAACUCCAGCAUGAACAGGAGCAGCGGGUAAAGAAGAAAUGAAUCUGUCCAGGUUCAGCUUACCAAGGAAUGUAAAUAAAAUGAAGAGAUGCUCCACAAUGUCCAACACCAGUCAGCAAAUUAUUUUGUUUUCUCUGUAUGGGAAAGUCUGUAAUAUCUGUUUAAGUAUUAUGAACAGGUGACAACGUGAAUGCACAGUGUGUGUGUGCGAUAAAACUGUUCCUAAAUAACUGUAAAUGCUCAGUCUAAAAUACACCAAAAGUUAUAUCUCCUUGGAGUUUCCUUUUGCAAAUUGAAUACAAAGCUGAUAUUCCCUUCUGGACCAGACUGUUUUUAUUGUUCUUUUAGUGCUUUUAUAUCUCCUGGAUUUCACUUUAAUCAUGCUUUUAAAACAUAUCUUUAAAAAAAAAAAAAAACACUUGAUUUUUUAAUCGCACUUGCACCUCCUCAGCACAAGCAAAUGACUUUGUUGCCUGAGGUGUGAGAGUUUAAACAGCUCUGUUUAUUUAACGAGAAAGCCACCUCAAAAGAAUGCAUGUUGCAUGUUGGUUUUAAUAGAGCAUGACUAUGUUCUAACAAUACUUGGAAGCAUUGGGGUAAAGUUUUAUCGACCACUGAAAUAGAGUGAAAUGCUAAAUAUAUAUAAAACACUAAAUAUAUAUAAAACACUAAAUAUAAAGUUGCAGCCCAAAUCACCACACUGAACAUUGUUGUUGAAGAAUUUCUGGAAGUCAGUAUAUCUCACAACCACAUGCACUACGAACCUUCCAUCUUUUCUCUACUUCCAACAGCUUUGAAUGUAACCCUGUUCUUAUCUGUGUUUAUUGACUGGACUCUUGUCUUCUUGUUCUGUGCACUUGCAAUGCAAUUUAAAAUUGAAGGUAGGCUUCAGUAUUUUACAGUGUGUCUGAUUUGAGUCCCCCCAGUCUUGGCUUUUGUUAUCAUGCUGUUUCCUCAGCAUAGUGUGUUCUCUUUAUUUUCACUGGAUUCUAUGAGUAGUGUAGAGAGUUCACUGUUGCUUAUGGAUCUACAGUGCAGUAGGUGGUAUUCCUAUAUGAAACUGUGAACGGCUUAUUACUGUACAACACUCAUUGUCUCUGGGUUUUAUGCUUUUUGCUGAGAACUUCUUAAUUUUUUCUCUAGGUGUCUGGCAUUGUAGCUCACCUUCAAUGAAAAGUAAAGCUACCCAUGUAUUGAGUUUUACUAGCUCUUUUGUGUGUGUGUGUGUGUGUGUGUGUGUGUGU